AAAGAAAGAAAGAAAGAAAAAGAUCAAAUGGCCAGAAAAACAGCGCUGUCCACUUCCGCGGGAAAAAAAAUCUAUUUGGAGGAUAUCGGAGAUUACUUUACUGUUUUGGAUGUUGUUUAUGCAAAUCAGUUUGAAGAAGACACUAUAGACCAAGAAACUGCUCAACAGACAGAGGAGAGGUUUUUCAGAGGUGCACCACCUGAAUGGUUAAACUUUCACAUUAGUCAACUGGCUGAGUCAAAUGGCACUGGAUCUCCAUUUAUCAAAAGAGAUGGCUAUAAAAGACUUGUGCAGCAGAUCAACAAACGAAGGAACCACCCUGGAACAUCAAUUGUGAAACUGCUUCACCAACAAGGAUGCGGGGGAACCACGCUGGCCAUGCAGGUGUUGUGGGACAUGAGAAAAACCUUCAGAUGUGCCGUCUUAACUGGCCUCCCCUUAGAGAGCACGAAGGUUGCAAAGGAGGUGGUUCACCUGUUCACUGGAGGCAGCGGGAAUGAUCUCAACACUGUGCUGCUGUUGAUAAACGACGAGUUCAUUUGGGAGCAUCUUCAGGACAGCAUAAUGGCAGAGAUUGAAGAACGGGAGAUCGAUGUCGACGUACCUGUUGUCAUUUUAUUCAACUGUGUGAGAAGUGACAGCGCCAUCCUCAAACUCGAACACGUCAGAGAAAAAGAAGGAUCAAAUGAGCGUAACACCGACUGCGUCGUCCUCAAAAGGAUACUGUCAGACGCUGAACAGAGAGAACUGGAUACCAAAAAGGAGGAGCUCGACCGCAUUUACGGAGCUAAAGCCUCCCAGUUCCAUGGUUUCAACAUACUGCAAAGUAAUUUCUCAUCGGAUUAUAUCCAGGAAGUGUGUGCUAUCUUUAACACGGUUGAAAGAAAAAAUAAACCCCUGAAGACCCAGCUGGCUUCCUUUCUUUGUCUACUGAACGCCUAUGUACCAGGUUCAUAUCUGCUGGAGUCUGAUUGCUUAGACUUCCUCAAACAUGAUCACUCACUCCAGGAUGACCUUUCCCUGGUGACCCUAAUGCAGCCUUUCAGUCACCUCAUCCUCUCCUUCCAGCAUGACAAAAGGUGUGAGAAAAAAAUCCGGAUGGCUCACCCGAUGAUUGCAAAGUGUUGCACUGAACUACUGGCGGAUGCAGGCGUAACCCGAAGCGACACAGCCAGAAAUUUUUUGAUGUGUUUUUGUAGGGAUGACGUUUCUCCGAGUUUGCUUGGCUUCAUCAAAGACCUCCUGACGAAACGGGAGAGAAAACGAGGAAGUGCUGAGGACUUGGACCUGGAGAAAUUUUCUACUCUGAUUUUACACAUAAGCGAGAUGGAAGACAAAAAACAAAGUGCAUCGGUUCUCAAGGUGGCGUCAUACAAGUUUGAUAAGAACUCUUUAUUCCCGCAGGCACUUGCUCGGUUUUGUUAUGGAGAGCUUAAAGAAUACAUAGAUGCGGAAAUCUGGGCAAAAAGGGCAAUAGAAAGAGAGCCAAAGAAAUCAUUUAUUGCUGACACACUGGGCCAAGUUCAUAAAAACCAUCUAAGGAGCAAGGGGCUUUCAGCCACGCCAAGAGAGCUAUUGCAGUUGGCCGAGAAGGCCAUUGACGCUUUUGAGCACGAGGAAGAACUUGCUGAAGAGGAACAAAGGAAAAGCCAGCGAGGUGAUGAGAAAUCCAAAGUCAUGUGGGGUUUAAACACCAGAGGACAGUUUGGCUUCCUGCAAGUCUGUAGGAUUCUGUUUGACCAACUCGUCAGCCAAAAUGAGGCUUGGAAGGGAGUGCUUACAAAAAAUGUGUCAAUGGGCUCAGUCCUGAAAUCACUUGGGGACAACAAACUCGAUAGAUUUAGGGAUCUAAUCGAGAAUCUAAGGGUGAAGGUUGAGAAAAAAACGGAAUUCUUUGACAUCUUCCUCACAUAUUCGCAGUCUGCCAUUAAAAGAGACAAAGCGUAUGUUUCUAAAGAAGUUGCAGAGUGCUACAAAAAGUAUGUUGGAGACUUGGUCCCUGAACACAACGACGGACACCGAAAGACCUUCCAAAAACUCAAACAGAAACUGGCUGUCCACUCUGCUGGAAUCCUCUCAUGUCUUGACAGAACAUGUACAUCAGACAUUGAACACAUCGUAGAGUGGUGGCAGGAAAUUGAGCAAAGCAAAGAUUCCACGACACGCGCUUUUGUCAACCUUAUGUUUGCCAAGAUCAUGCUUUCAAACAGAAACAAAGCCAAACCCAGUUCUGAUUACCGAAACGCUUUAAGACAAAGAAAACCACCGGCCUCUCCCACACUAGCGGAGUAUCACAUUUUAUCCCUGCUUCUGCUUUGGCCCGCAGACGAUGAAGACAAACCAGUCUCUGAUCUCAGUCAGUUAAUCAAACUUGCAAGUCAUGCUUAUGAGCGGGAAUACAAGACAAUGUUGCAAUCAAGAUACCUUCGGCCUCUGUUUUUUCUCGGACCCGGCGAAGGCCUGAACCGAUUCGUUCACAGACGCGUCCUCGAGAUUGUGUGGACCAAAGAUGCACUGCAAGAAUCCAACACAAACUGGAGGAACGAGAACAUCUUCAGAGAUACCGCAGUCGAGGAACGCCUUCUCAAAGUUGAAGGAGUGGUGCGAAACUACCGAGUCUACGCAACGUUCGGAGACACCAAAGUGGAGCUAGAGGCCAACCGAAGGGACAGCCUCUUUAGAUCAGGUCAAGUCUCCUUUUACCUCGGAUUUACAAUCAAAGGUCCAGUAGCCUUCAGCAUUCAGAGAAGAUUACUGAUUACUGAGGGUAAGAAAACUCCUCACCAUAAAAAGAUAUUAUGUGGUAUAUAUCUAUAUUGUGGUGUCAUGGUACCUACACGUCCUAACACAAUCAGCGGCGGAACCACUGAAAAUGGAAAUAAUCCAGGUGCUGAGACGGCCUAG